AUGGCCCCCGUCCCCUUCAAGGUCCAGGACCCGCCCACGAACGGCCCCCGUUCGACCAAGAAGCACUCCGAGGUCGUUAUCAUCGGCUCCGGUCCUGCCGGUCACACCGCCGCCAUCUACCUCGCGCGUGCCAACCUGCACCCCGUCAUGUACGAGGGCAUGCUCGCCAACGGCUUCGCUCCCGGUGGCCAGCUCACGACGACCACUGACGUCGAGAACUUCCCCGGUUUCCCGGAGGGUGUCACCGGCCCCGAGAUGAUGGACAAGUUCCGCGCCCAGUCUGAGCGUUUCGGCACUGAGAUCAUCACCGAGACCGUCGCCAAGGUCGACCUCUCCAUCCGCCCCUUCAAGUACUGGGUCGAGGGCGAGGAGGCCGAGGAGGACUUCAUGACUGCUGAUACCAUCAUCAUCGCCACCGGUGCUUCGGCCAAGCGCAUGCACCUCCCCGGUGAGGACAAGUACUGGCAGAGCGGUAUCUCGGCCUGCGCUGUUUGUGACGGUGCCGUCCCCAUCUUCCGCAACAAGCCCCUCGCUGUCGUUGGUGGUGGUGACUCUGCCGCCGAGGAGGCCAUGUACCUUACCAAGUACGGCUCGAUCGUCCACGUCCUCGUCCGUCGUGAUGAGCUGCGUGCGUCGAAGAUCAUGGCGAAGCGUCUCCUUUCGAACCCGAAGAUCAAGGUCGAGUGGAACACUGUCCCGAUCGAGGCCACCGGCGACGACGACCUCCUCACCGGCCUCGUCCUGAAGGACACCAAGACUGGCGAGACGCGCACGCUGCCCGUGAACGGUCUCUUCUACGCCAUCGGCCACAUCCCCGCCACCUCGCUCGUCAAGGGCCAGGUCGAGACGGACGCCGACGGCUACAUCGUCACCAUCCCCGGCACUGCCGAGACGAGCGUCAAGGGCGUCUUUGCCGCCGGUGACGUCCAGGACAAGCGAUACCGCCAGGCCAUCACCUCGGCCGGCUCUGGAUGCAUGGCCGCGCUCGAGGCCGAGCGCCUCCUCGCCGAGGAGGAGGACGAGAAGCCCAAGAACUGA